GAAUUUGUGGCAACCUUCAAGGGCAAUGAAUUCUUCUGCUACGACCUGUCACAUAACCCGAUCCAGAGCAGCACUGAUGAGAUCACACUGGCCUUCCGCACCCUGCAGCGCAACGGGCUGAUGCUGCACACGGGCAAGUCGGCUGACUACGUCAACCUGUCCCUCAAGUCCGGGGCUGUCUGGCUGGUCAUCAACCUAGGCUCGGGUGCCUUCGAGGCCCUUGUGGAACCCGUCAAUGGCAAGUUCAACGACAACGCCUGGCACGACGUCCGGGUUACCCGAAACCUGCGCCAGGUGACCAUCUCGGUGGACGGGAUCCUGACCACCACAGGCUACACACAGGAGGAUUACACCAUGCUGGGCUCUGAUGACUUCUUCUACAUUGGGGGCAGCCCCAACACAGCCGACCUGCCUGGCUCACCUGUCAGCAACAACUUCAUGGGCUGCCUCAAGGAUGUGGUCUACAAGAACAAUGACUUCAAGCUGGAGCUAUCCCGCCUGGCUAAGGAAGGCGACCCGAAGAUGAAGCUGCAGGGGGAUUUGUCUUUUCGCUGUGAGGAUGUGGCUGCACUGGACCCUGUGACUUUUGAGAGUCCUGAGGCCUUUGUCGCAUUGCCUCGCUGGAGUGCCAAGCGCACUGGCUCUAUCUCCCUGGACUUCCGAACCACUGAGCCCAAUGGAUUGCUGCUCUUCAGCCAGGGCCGGCGGGCCGGGGCAGGCAGCCACAGCUCUUCCCAGAGGGCUGACUACUUUGCCAUGGAGCUGUUGGACGGUUACCUCUAUCUUCUGCUGGACAUGGGCUCUGGGGGCAUCAAGCUGCGGGCGUCCAGCCGCAAGGUCAAUGACGGCGAAUGGUGCCACGUGGACUUCCAGAGGGAUGGGCGCAAAGGCUCCAUCUCUGUGAACAGCCGCAGCACGCCAUUCUUGGCCACUGGAGAGAGUGAAGUCCUGGACCUGGAGAGUGAGCUGUACCUGGGUGGCCUUCCUGAGGGGGGCCGGGUGGACCUGCCACUGCCCCCUGAGGUGUGGACGGCUGCUCUCCGGGCUGGCUACGUGGGCUGUGUUCGAGACCUCUUCAUAGAUGGACGGAGUCGAGAUCUCCGGGGCCUGGCGGAGGCACAGGGGGCUGUGGGUGUUGCUCCCUUCUGCUCUCGGGAGACAUUGAAGCAGUGUGCUUCAGCACCCUGUCGAAACGGGGGCAUCUGUCGAGAGGGCUGGAACCGGUUCGUCUGUGACUGCAUCGGGACCGGCUUUCUGGGUCGGGUCUGUGAGAGAGAGGCCACUGUCCUAAGCUAUGAUGGCUCCAUGUACAUGAAGAUCAUGCUGCCCAAUGCCAUGCACACAGAGGCAGAGGACGUGUCCCUGCGUUUCAUGUCUCAGAGGGCCUAUGGACUCAUGAUGGCCACCACCUCCAGGGAGUCAGCCGACACUCUACGCCUCGAGCUGGACGGGGGGCAGAUGAAGCUCACCGUCAACCUUGACUGCCUGCGCGUCGGCUGCGCACCUAGUAAAGGCCCUGAGACACUGUUUGCGGGGCACAAGCUCAACGACAAUGAGUGGCACACAGUGAGGGUGGUACGUCGUGGCAAGAGCCUGCAGCUGUCUGUGGACAACGUGACUGUGGAGGGACAGAUGGCAGGAGCCCACACUCGUCUGGAGUUCCACAACAUUGAGACUGGCAUCAUGACAGAGCGGCGGUUCAUCUCUGUGGUACCCUCCAACUUCAUCGGGCACCUGAGUGGGCUGGUGUUCAACGGUCAGCCCUACAUGGACCAGUGCAAAGACGGGGACAUCACCUAUUGCGAGCUUAAUGCUCGUUUUGGUCUGCGUGCCAUUGUGGCUGAUCCUGUCACCUUCAAGAGUCGCAGCAGCUACCUGGCGUUGGCUACCCUCCAAGCCUAUGCUUCCAUGCACCUCUUCUUCCAGUUCAAGACCACAGCCCCUGAUGGGCUUCUGCUGUUCAACUCAGGCAACGGCAAUGACUUCAUUGUCAUCGAGCUGGUCAAGGGGUACAUCCACUACGUGUUUGACCUGGGGAAUGGCCCAUCCUUGAUGAAGGGAAACUCAGACAAACCGGUCAAUGACAACCAAUGGCACAACGUGGUGGUGUCCAGGGACCCCGGCAAUGUGCACACAUUGAAGAUCGACUCCCGCACUGUCACCCAGCAUUCCAAUGGUGCCCGAAAUCUGGAUCUCAAAGGGGAGUUGUACAUCGGUGGCCUGAGCAAGAAUAUGUUCAGCAACCUGCCCAAGUUGGUGGCCUCUCGGGAUGGCUUUCAGGGCUGCCUGGCCUCUGUGGACCUCAAUGGGCGCCUCCCAGACCUCAUUGCUGAUGCCCUGCACCGCAUAGGGCAGGUGGAGAGGGGCUGUGAUGGCCCCAGCACCACCUGCACCGAAGAGUCUUGUGCCAACCAGGGCGUCUGCUUGCAGCAGUGGGAUGGCUUUACCUGUGACUGUACCAUGACUUCCUAUGGAGGCCCUGUCUGUAAUGACCCUGGGACCACAUACAUCUUUGGGAAGGGGGGAGCGCUCAUCACCUACACAUGGCCCCCCAAUGACCGGCCCAGCACGAGGAUGGACCGCCUGGCUGUAGGCUUCAGCACCCACCAGCGGAGCGCUGUACUAGUGCGAGUGGACAGUGCCUCGGGCCUUGGGGACUACCUGCAGCUGCACAUUGACCAGGGCACUGUUGGGGUGAUUUUUAAUGUGGGCACAGACGACAUUACCAUUGAUGAGCCCAACGCCAUUGUGAGUGACGGCAAAUAUCACGUGGUGCGAUUUACUCGAAGUGGUGGCAACGCCACUCUACAGGUGGACAGCUGGCCAGUCAACGAACGGUACCCAGCAGGACGCCAGCUGACCAUCUUCAACAGCCAGGCUGCCAUCAAGAUUGGGGGCCGGGAUCAGGGCCGCCCCUUCCAGGGCCAGGUGUCCGGCCUCUACUACAAUGGGCUCAAGGUACUGGCGCUGGCCGCCGAGAGCGACCCCAACGUUCGGACCGAAGGCCACCUACGCCUAGUAGGGGAGGGGCCAUCCGUGCUGCUCAGUGCGGAGACCACUGCCACCACCCUGCUGGCUGACAUGGCCACCACCAUCAUGGAGACCACCACCACCAUGGCCACCACCACCACUCGCCGGGGCCGCUCCCCCACAAUGAGGGACAGCACCACCCAGGUGAGACCCCUUCUGGAUGACCUCCUGGUGGCCUCGGCUGAAUGUCCAAGCGAUGAUGAGGACCUGGAGGAGUGUGAGCCUAGUACUGGUGAGUGCCUUUCCCCCCUCCCCUGCCCCGGGCCCCUGCGACGAAGUUGGGGAGGGGGAGGUAGCCCCUACAACAAAAGCACAUCCACAAACGGAAAGAGGUUGGGUGUAGUGGCGAGUGCCACGCUCUGCAUCCUCAUCCUUCUCUACGCCAUGUACAAGUACCGCAACCGCGACGAGGGCUCCUACCAGGUGGACCAGAGCCGGAAUUACAUCAGUAACUCGGCCCAAAGCAAUGGGGCGGUGGUGAAGGAGAAGGCCCCCGCUGCCCCCAAGACGCCCAGCAAGGCCAAGAAGAACAAAGACAAGGAGUAUUACGUCUGAGCACCCAGUCCAGGCACCGCGCCCCACUGCCAGCUGCUCCUCCCGGGAGGGCCCGGGAGGAGGGUGCGGCCCUCUCCCUGCAGGGGGACCUGGGAACUUUCUCCCCGGCUGCCUCAGGCAUCUCCCACGAAGAGGAAACGCAAAAAAGAAAAAGAAAAAAAAAAAGAAAAGGAA